UACAGGUGAUGUGGGUACUAAAGUGAUGUAUGAAGGCAAGCAUAUUCACUACUCCGACUUUGACAAUAAGCCUUUAUGCUCCUACAGUGUAAAGCUAUGUAAGCAAAGACGGCUUAACGGUUUCGCCUUCUGUAUACGACAUGUUUUAGAAGAUAAAUCGGCUCCGUUUAAACAGUGUGAUUACGUUGCAAAAUACAACAAACAAAGAUGUACCAAUCCAAUUCCGAAAACUGAAGAAAGAAUAUAUUGCAAUAGUCACCUCCAAGUCUUGGGAAUUGUUCCUAAGAAAGAAAGAAAACGAAAACAUGCAGAUUCACCGGAUAAUAAAAAGAUCAAAGACACAAAAGAAAAGGAGAAAAAGAAAGAAAAAGUGGUUGAAUUGACUCUGAUUAAUAACCACAAAAAUGAAGUGGAUGAUUCUGAACUUGACGUUUAUACCUUUGUACCUUCACCGCCAUCAGGCGAAUAUAAGAGACAGCCACUCAAAGUUGCCAAGGCAACAGCUGACAAUAGGGAAAAAUCAUUAAAGGCAUUGAAGGUUGCCAAGGCAACAACUAACCAUAAGGAAAAACCAUUAAAGGCAAAACUUCAAGAUAAAAUUAGUAAAAAUAAACUCAAGUUAGAAAAGGAGAGAGAAAAAGAACUGAAAGGAAAAGUGAACCAUGUGAAUAAGUUGAAUACUACUACGCUCCCCUUGUCAUCGUCGUUGUGUGGUGCGCUGCCAGGUAUAUCUCUAGCACCGCCUCCGCCACCAGCACCUCUGGGUUAUUCACAUGUGUCAACGUCGUCAUUUCCAGUGCCACCCAUUUACCCCACUUUACCACCUUAUUCGUUUCCUAUUCCCCCGUUACCUCAUGUGCCUGCCACGGAUGCAUCUUUCCGUCAAUGGUUGCCCACUUAUACACAACCGAGUGUACCAAUCUUACAAGUACGUCCAAAAAGGCCAAGGCCGAUACCCGCAUUGCCGGGAAGGACUAAUAAGCCUGUGGAAAAAUUAUUGCAUCUGCACAAAAGAAAAGUAGAGAGAAGUUUUGAUUUAUAUCCGCUUGGAUUUGAUCUAUCAGAUGAAGAAGAUUACAGUGAUGAUGACAUGUUGCCAUGGCAACAGACCCGAUUAAGUAGUUUAGACUCUGAAGAUCCCUGUUAUCACAAUUUUGAUAUCUCCUCUUUAAGAAAUUUACGCGUAGAUGUUUUAGAAACAAGACUACGUCACGAGUACAGUCAACACAGACAUUGUAAACACAGUCACAAGUACAUUCAUAAACAUCAUCGCAAGUGUGCAAAAUUAUUGUUAGACGCUGUCAAAGCCAACAGGCAUACAGCUGUCAACGCUAUAUUAUCAAUUAGAAGCCAAACUAUUAAAACGAAAAAUGUAAAGUCCAAAGUUGUAGAUAGGUGUAGUUAUGAACAAGAUGGUGAAGACGAAUGCCAGCAUAUAUCGCUGCCAUUCACUAGACAUUGUGUUGAACACAUUAUGUACAAUGAACACCAAGUGUUGUAUGCGUACUGUACUGCUAAGUUUCCCGGAGGUGUGCAAUGUUCUGUUCCUGUUUUUGAUAUUAUUAAUGAACGGCCACUAUGUGAGGAGCAUGCUAGAAAGAUGGCCAAUGUACAGAAAGGUGAAGCAAACAGAAAAGCCAUGCUGGCAGAUGGUAUGGCGCCUCCAAGACGACCGCGAAAGAAAACAAAACCAUCAGCACUCACAAGGCCAUCAAAGAAGAAAAAGAAAAAGAAACAACGGAGAAAUAUACGCCCACAAAAACCCGUCCCUCCAGCAAAACCUUCAGGGAACACUGAGAUGCCAAUAACUCUCAAUUUAGGAAUUGAUACUUCCCAACUGAGUCCAGUUCCAGAGGGUAUCGACACAAAUGACAUCACUGAUCACCUUGGCAAUGACCUUUCACCUGAUGUUAUUGACAAAAAUCUAGGAUACGGGCUGGAUACUUCAGAUCUUCACAUCGAUGAAGACAAUCACCUUGGCGACGAUAGUCUAGGUGACGAUCACCUGGAUGAUGAUCACCUAGGCGAUGAUCACCUGGGUGAUGAUCACCUCGGCGACGAUCGCCUUGGAGAUGCGCUUCGGAGUGUUGUAAAUAAGCAGCUUCUGGAUAGUCAUGAUUUGAGUGAUUGGCCGAAAUUACCAGAUGAUCUAAAUGACAUAGAGAUAUUUGCUGGUAAAAAUGGUGAAUUCGCACCGACUAAAGAGGAAGAAGAAGAGCUAGAGAGAGCAUUGAAGGAAGCGUCAGAAGACGUGAAAUUGUCAUUAGCUCAAUUGACUCAUGUGUCUCUGGAUCCUUUAGAUGCCCAGCCUAACCAAGGGUUGCCAAAUUUAGUAUUACCAGACAAUCAAAAUAGCCAGCAUCAUAAUCAUGUUCCGAUACCCGAACCAAUGACGCCAUUAGAUAUGGAGUCGAGUAUCGCAUACACUGUGAAACCCCACCCGGGUCAAGGGUCAUUUUCAGAAGGUCAAGGGUCAGUGCAAAAGUCACAAUCGCAGGACAAUGGUAAACAUGACAUGUUGAAUCACGGGUUACGAGACAUGAGUCAAGAUCCAAUGAUGACAAACAGUCAACAGUUUAACAAUGAUGUGUCAGUAAUGUCUCCCCAUGGGGCUCCAAUUUCGCCCCACGGUAAUCGCUUUUCAUCUGAAGUGCCAAGGACGUUAGCACACAAUGUGCCUCAGCAGCUGCAGCACAAUACAUCGAAUAUGAUUGGUCAGACGCUUUCGCAUGAUAAUAUCGUGCCACGAACGCAUGAUACUACUAAUAUGGUUAUACAGCAUAGGGUAUUAGCGCAUGGUGCGCCAAAUAUGAUUAGAAAUCACGAAUCAAACAUGUUAAACCAUCCAAUGUUGAAUUGCAAUCCUAGAGCCCAGUGGAAUUCAUUUACGAUGCUUUCACAGAAUGCAGAUCCCGCUACUAUUAUAAUGAACCCACAAAAUCGACAGACAAUACCACUCACGGGACCGCCACCAUACGCUCCAAAUCCAAAUUUUGUCCAAGCUAGUAAAUUCAAUCUUUCGCUCGGUAACCCUGACCAGCUUGUGUACAAUCAAGUCAAUGUACAGAACAGUGGAGACCAUGCGUUGCCUACACAGAACAAUACAUUGCUACCGACUUACACUCUGACAGCCGCUAACACAACACAUCAGCCUAGUCCUAGCUAGUCGUUGCUGAGGAAUCCCACAAUCCUACCUCAGGGAGAAUUGUUACGCUGUGUAACACCCAAGUUACUUCGCGAAUUUCUCCGCGAAUCGGCGCAGAUAUCUGUACGGGGAGUGGUGUUGUGUUGCUCACGAGUCAUGCUGGCCCUGAAACGUGUGUAUACCAUACUACUGAGGGUUGUUGGACCUGUACCAUGAAUUCUAUAACUCUUCCAUGUAAAGUUACCCACAAUUCAUGCAGGUGAAGGCCCACUUGGAUUAAUACGGUGAAUUUAUAAUAUUAUCAACCGCUAUGUGUGCAAAAAUAAAUAUAUUUCUUUACAGGACAUAAUAAAUAUAAAAUCUGUAUUUCUGCA